CCCCCACUUUCCCGGGACCGCAAUUCCCAGAGACUUGAUUUCGCGGCUUUUCUCUGUUUUGGAUCUGUCUUGGAGCUGGUUAGGGCUUCGCCGGCCAGCAGAACCACAGCGACGACGUGGUCCGUUGUGUCCAGUCGUAGGGUGUACUCUUUGGCCAGGCUUUCUGUCUCUUCAGCCACUUUUGCCGGACAGGCCGUCGCAGCUGGCCUGAGCAGUGACCUGGCGGGCUGCGCCUGCGCCCUGCCGCGUUUCCUGCCUGGCUGGUGGUGGCGGCCAUUUUGUUCAUCCUCCUCCUCCUCCUGCUCCUCCUGGUUGGAGCGCAGUGUCCGGAGCGGGCUGGGGGGAGCGAGCCCAAGAGCCGGGUUCAGUACCUUUUCCUCUGUCCCCAGCCGGCGCCCGGAGUCCCCCUCCCCUUCCUUCCCGCCCCCUCCCCUCCCCAGCCCUGCCCUCCCCCUUGUCCCGGGAUCACUCCGUCGCACCCACCAUGAUGGAAGACGACGGACAGCCCCGGACUCUAUACGUAGGUAACCUCUCCAGAGAUGUGACAGAAGUCCUUAUCCUUCAGUUAUUCAGUCAGAUCGGACCCUGUAAAAGCUGUAAAAUGAUAACAGAGCAUACAAGCAAUGACCCAUAUUGCUUUGUGGAAUUUUAUGAACACAGAGAUGCAGCUGCUGCAUUAGCUGCUAUGAAUGGGAGAAAAAUUUUGGGAAAGGAGGUCAAAGUAAACUGGGCAACAACACCAAGUAGCCAGAAAAAAGACACUUCCAAUCACUUCCAUGUGUUUGUUGGGGAUUUGAGUCCAGAAAUUACAACAGAAGAUAUCAAGUCAGCAUUUGCCCCCUUUGGUAAAAUAUCAAUUGCUCAUAAGAAUGGACAGGAUCUUGAAGGCUAACUGCAAGGAACUGUGCACACUGGAACUCAGUUGUAGAUUUUUUUUCUCAUUUCUAUUUAUUCUUAUUAUACAUUAUUUAUAUAUACAUAUUUUAGUAUUUACAUUUUAACAUUCUAUAUUCAGUGGAGUUCUAUAUUUCCAAUCAUUUUAACUUACUCACUAAAAUUUCUGUGUAAAUUUGUUGUUUUCGUACUGGUGUGCUUAGCGUUGUUGUUAGUUUUUUAUUCUCCUUUCUUAAAUUUCUGAAAAUGUCAAUUUUUCAAAAUUUACAGCUGCCCAAACUCCAAAAUGAUGAUAGAGAAUUGACCAAGAAAAAUAAAGAAAUCUGUUAACAGGCCAUGGAUGCCCGGGUAGUUAAAGAUAUGGCAACUGGAAAGUCCAAAGGCUAUGGUUUUGUAUCUUUUUAUAACAAACUGGAUGCAGAGAAUGCAAUUGUGCAUAUGGGGGGUCAGUGGUUGGGAGGUCGACAAAUCAGAACCAAUUGGGCCACACGUAAACCACCUGCCCCUAAAAGUACACAAGAAACUAACACUAAGCAGUUGAGAUUUGAAGAUGUAGUAAACCAGUCAAGUCCAAAAAACUGCACUGUGUACUGUGGGGGGAUCGCUUCGGGGCUGACAGAUCAACUUAUGAGACAAACAUUUUCACCAUUUGGACAAAUUAUGGAGAUAAGAGUUUUUCCAGAGAAGGGGUAUUCGUUUGUCAGAUUUUCAACUCAUGAAAGUGCAGCCCAUGCUAUUGUUUCUGUGAACGGUACUACAAUCGAAGGACAUGUGGUUAAAUGCUAUUGGGGUAAAGAAUCUCCUGAUAUGACUAAAAACUUCCAACAGGUUGACUACAGUCAGUGGGGCCAAUGGAGCCAAGUGUAUGGAAACCCACAACAGUACGGACAGUAUAUGGCAAAUGGGUGGCAAGUACCUCCCUAUGGAGUAUAUGGGCAGCCAUGGAACCAACAAGGAUUUGGAGUAGAUCAAUCACCUUCUGCUGCUUGGAUGGGUGGAUUUGGUGCUCAGCCUCCACAAGGACAAGCUCCGCCCCCUGUAAUACCUCCUCCAAACCAAGCUGGGUAUGGAAUGGCAAGUUUCCCAACACAGUGAGUGAGCUGGGACUCUAAACACAAGUGUAACUCACCGCAGGCUGCAGGCUCCUGUGACACUCUGAAGACAUGAAGAGUAAACAUCGGGAAAUGAAAAUAUUUAUUUUAAAAAUUGAAAUGUUUGGAUCCUUUAGCACAGCUUUGCUUGGUGAAGGACACGUGUCUUCUAGUUCUGCCUUUUUAAGUUUUUUUGUUCAUGAUGGAUAUGAACAUGAUUUUUCUUUGUGUACAAAAAACUAAAAUAAAGUCAAUAAAGACAAUUCUGACUAUAAAUUUUGAUAUAAUAGGAGAAAUGGGUAAUACACUUUGAUCCUUAGACACUUCCGUUUUUAUCUUGCUGUUCAGUAUUUUAACUCACUGUGUUUUUAAAAGAGCAAAAAAGGGAGUAUCGUGAAAAACUGAGAAUCACAUCAGUUCGUCCUGAAUUCUGAUACUCCCCUCCCAUCCCUGAGGUGGACCACAUAGAAGUCAGCAGGAAAAAAGUGUGAUUUCAGAAGAAGUACAUGAUGUGGGGAUCGCUGUGGAAGAAAUACCUUAUCCUCUUAUGUUAAAGGAAACGAAGCCAGACUGAAAGUGUGCAGCCCGAGUAAGGACCAGCAUCUUAGGAGUUCCUUGAGCGAUUGUUGGUGGUCCACAAUAAGACAUAUUUUUAAAACUUUAAAAGUGUUGGUUAUCAAAAAUGUAUAUUACAUUUCAUUUUGGGGGAUAAUUCCAAGUAUGGUGUUUAUAUUAAAGUCAGACGGUCAUACUUGUGCUUUUACAUGGAGUUUAAAAGAUAAACAUUGUAAAUAUUGAAUAACUACAGUGUUUCAAAAGCAUGCUUCAACAUAGAAGUAGCAGCGAUGUAAUUAUUCGAGGUGACAAGUAACAUGCUCGCUGAGUGCAAGUACUCAGUAGCAGCGUCGACACUGACGUCUUCAUGUCUUCACGGUUGGCCGUGUAAAAUGAGAACGACACAAAUGACUACACAGAAGAAGCCUUAAUUUAAUUUCAUACAAAUCUUUGAUGCGUUAGUAUAUCCUAAAUUGUAAAUGGAAGUUAGAUUUGGGCUUUUUUUUUUUUCCUUUUUUUUUUUUUUUUUUUUUUUUUUUUUGUUUUUUUUUUUGUUUGCUUUUUUUGUUUGUUUGUUUUAUUUUGUUUUGUUUUACGUUAUUUGGUACAUACCUUGAUUAAAACCCAGUGAAGAGAUUUCAGGGUUCCUAUAAGUUGUAUAGCACAAAAUUUUUUUUAAAAAAUCUUGGGAUGUUUUUAAAAAUUAGUAUAUUUUGCCCAAGAAUUUUUUUAACAAGAUUGCUAAAAAUAUCUUACUUAGACAACUUGAUGUACCAGUUUAUAAUCUUAUAACCAAUUUGAGUUGUUCACAAAGUUAUGACUUUUAUUUCAAAUUUGUUUUUUUCCCCCCUUUGGGAGUGUGUGGGUGACAGAUCUGAAUAGGCCUGAGUUGUACGUGUGCAGUUGUAAUUGAGUCUGGGAAGAUGCGGGCGUCCCAGGCAUGCUCUCACAGCAUCUUUCUGUCUAUGUGGAUACAGUCUGCCUCAUAGUUCUAUAAAAUGAGAAUGUGAAAUAGAUAAAAUCCUAUGUGUUUCGAUUGUGACAGCUAGAGGGUGCAAAUGUUUGAUAGUGUGUUAAACCUGUUGGCCUGUGUAUGCACAAGAGCAAACAGCCCUACUCUAACCGUUCUGAGGUAAGAUGGGUAACACGCACCUGGCGUCCACACUAAGCCAUUGAUGUCUAAAGAUUAAGAUGAUGUGGUUUUUUAUAUUGGUGACCACAAAGAUUCUGGUGUUGAUUCCCUCCUUCACUUAGAAAUACAGCCAAAUGUGUUCAGCAUAAAAAUUUACAGAGUCUGAAGUUCUUUUUUGAGCCAAAAUUUUUAUGUACCUUCAUGGUUUUGUUUUGUUUUUUUAACUCACAACUACCCUGUGUUAGUGACUAAAUAUACCCCUGGGGUUUUUUUGGUCAUACCUUUGGGGAAUGUUUUUGGAAAAUUAUUUUAUACUUUAUAAGAAAACAAGCUAUAUUCUGCCCUUGAGUUAAAAUUUUCAUUAAACUUGGUGAAACUCGAACAACCUAAAGACUUUAAGUUGAUAAACUGAUAAAAGCUUAUUAAAUUAAAAUUUCAAUUUCCCUUUUUUCCCUCUGCCAGUAAAUUAAGUGGCUUAUCGAUAACUACUGGCUAACUUUAGCUGUAGUCUUUUCUGUUUUAUAUUCUGAGUUAAUAAAAUUAUCCAGACUAGUUACAUUGUCAUAGUAAGCAUGUGGCUGACAUCUUUUGUCUUAAUUUGGAUGAUAAAAUUUUUCUUGGUAAGUCAGUCACAGUUUUUCGCAGCAAAUAGUUUUAAGAUGGAAAGGACACAUGCAAGUGAAAGCACCAUUUUAGGAACUGGACGCUCAGCCGACAGGUCCAGACUGUCUCACAGUGCACAUGUGAGUUUGUGCCCUCCGUCCGUCCACUUUAAGCCUAAGAGCUGUUGCCUUUUCUUUCCUGUGUUCAUCAAGAACAGCAGAGAGACUCUUUGGCAUGCAAGGAAAUGUCUCUUCAUAGUUUCUUGAGAUUUAUCUUGGUGUGUUUCUGCCUGCCAUCGUCUGUGCUUGAACCCUUUUCUACUAGCAUUUCCUCGGUGCCAGUCCGUCUGAUCUUUAUGUUUGCCGGCAGUGAGAGGCCAACUAAAGCCAAAGCUGUAAACCACAGUUGAAGUCUUUCAAUAAAGACUAGUCUAUGUAA